CGGCUUUGGGGCCCCGGUGGGGAGCAGGGGGCUGAUUAGCCGCGGAGCAGGGGUGUGGCCAGCGGGGCCCCGGGUUGUGAGUCACACCCGCCCCUCGCCCAGUCCCGGGGCCCAGCGCAAUCCCAGCCCGAACUGCAGCGCGCUGUCCCUGCCCGAAGAGUGUCCCCGGGCUUGGCAUGAGGACCCCGGGGUGCCGAGGGAGGGCCUGAAGCCCGGCGCGGUGGUGAGGGCGGACAGAAUGACUGAGAAUAUGAAGGAGUGUCUGGCCCAGACCAAGGCAGCGGUGGGUGACAUGGUGACCGUGGUGAAGACGGAGGUCUGCUCUCCAAUCCGAGACCAGGAGUAUGGCCAGCCCUGCUCUAGGAGACCAGAGCCCUUGGCCAUGGAAGUUGAGCCCAAGAAACUGAAGGGGAAGCGUGACCUCAUCGUGCCCAAGAGCUUCCAGCAAGUGGACUUCUGGUUCUGCGAGUCCUGCCAGGAGUACUUUGUGGACGAGUGCCCCAACCAUGGACCCCCGGUGUUUGUGUCUGACACACCAGUGCCCGUGGGCAUCCCCGACCGGGCGGCCCUCACCAUCCCACAGGGCGUGGAGGUGGUCAAGGACGCGGGCGGAGAGAGCGACGUGCGAUGCAUAAACGAGGUCAUCCCCAAGGGCCACAUCUUUGGCCCCUACGAGGGGCAGAUCUCCACCCAGGACAAAUCGGCUGGCUUCUUCUCGUGGCUGAUUGUGGACAAGAACAACCGCUACAAAUCCAUCGAUGGGUCGGACGAGACCAAGGCCAACUGGAUGAGGUACGUGGUCAUCUCCCGGGAGGAGAGGGAGCAGAACCUACUGGCCUUCCAACACAGCGAGCGCAUCUACUUCCGGGCGUGCAGGGACAUCCGGCCUGGGGAGAGGCUGCGGGUCUGGUACAGCGAGGACUACAUGAAGCGCCUGCACAGCAUGUCCCAGGAAACCAUCCACCGCAAUCUGGCCAGAGGCGAGAAGAGGCUGCAGAGGGAGAAGUCUGAGCAGGCUCUGGAUAACCCAGAAGACCUGAGGGGUCCCAUUCACCUUCCCGUGUUGAGACAGGGCAAAAGUCCUUACAAGCGAGGCUUUGACGAGGGGGAUGUGCAUCCCCAGACCAAGAAGAAGAAAAUCGACCUCAUUUUCAAGGAUGUGCUGGAGGCCUCCCUGGAAUCGGCGAAGGUGGAAGCCCACCAGCUGGCCCUGAGCACCUCGCUGGUCAUCCGGAAAGUCCCCAAGUACCAGGACGACGCCUACGGCCGGUGUGCGGCAGCCAUGACCCAUGGCGGGCAGAACGUCAGCCGGACCCAGGAGGAAGGGGACUGGAAGAUCCCCCAAGGGGUUGCCAAAGAGCCGGGUCCUUUGGAGGAUGAAGAGGAGGAGCCGGCGUCCUUCAAGGCCGACAGUCCCGCCGAGGCCUCCCUUGCUUCCGACCCUCAUGAGCUUCCCACCACCUCCUUUUGCCCUAACUGUAUUCGCCUAAAGAAGAAGGUCCGAGAACUCCAGGCAGAACUAGACAUGCUUAAGUCUGGGAAGCUUCCCGAGCCCCCCGUUUUGCCACCACAGGUACUGGAGAUCCCAGAGUUCUCAGAUCCCGCAGGUAAGUUGGUCUGGAUGAGAGCUUUGUCAGAGGGAAGGCACAGCGGGCUGUGCGGAGGGUGGCCUAGAGCUCCGUGUUGGCGCCACCUGCCGGCAGACGCGAAGAGUGCAGUGCGCCAGUGGCCACCUCCAUGGGUGGGAGCCGGUGGGAGCCAGCGUCCUCAGGUGCCAGGGGCAGGCCUGCUUGCAGCUCUGGUGGAUGGUUUGCGUGUCGCCCUUGUAUCCUCCGUGUCAAUAAAGGAAGUUCCGCUGCAGGAGGGGUGUGUGCUGUGUUCUUGACCCGUUGCCCGUCUCUGGUGGUCUGGCUGGUGCCUUCCCCUAAAGCCCGAGUUCUCUCACCCCAGGCCCGAGGGAGGGUGCCCUUCUGGGGGGUUCUUAUGGCUCCCCUGAGUCAAGGAACACAGCCUCCUUCUUUUCUGGAAUCUGUUCUGCCCUACACGAUCUUAGUCCCCCAGCCUGGCGCCCAGGGGUUGCAGGGCAUUGCCAUACCCCUUAGUUCAGGAUGGGGGAGGGUGCAGAUCUUCAGAGAUGCAUCUGAAGGAAGCUACAUGUUGGCCUUGAAGUCCCUUGGCGUCCCCUCCGGGCUGCCUUCAGUCCAGCCUGCCUCCCCUGACCACAUCAGUGGGGGGCGUACGAGUCCCAGGCCUCCAGGGAUGACCUAGAGGCGUGUGGUGUGCUUUCUUCCCCUACAUCAGACCUUCUCUUCCAGUUCAUGCUGUCAGGUUGACAGGGGACAUUUAAGUCCCUCCAGCACCCACAAGUGGCAGGUGAGAGCAGGCAGCCUGCAGCGUGGCGGGGCUGGGAGGAGAUAAUCCACAAAGAGGAAAAGUCAUGCUGGAGAACAGGAGCGCUUAGACAUGAAUUCUAGGCUGGGAUUCCAUCCAUUACAGGCUGCACUGGACUUGAUUUUAUACAGCGUGGCGUACUUCCGGGCAGUGUUUGCUGUUCCUUUUGGGAAAAUCUGUUUUCCCCACCUGGUGUAAAUGCUUCUUUCCUGUUU